AUGGAGCUCUUGGCCGCCAACUUGCGAUAUAUAGAGCUUAAUCUAGUUGCUGCUUUAUAUCAUGACGAGAAUAAGCAGCUGUAUAUCUUGCCGCACAAUCCUGUUAGGUACGCUGUUCUCUUUGGUGACAUUUUAGACAGUUUUGGGACGUUUUAUGAGUACUUGAUUGGGCCUAGCGGCUCUCUCCGUAACCCUACGUUUGGGCCGGUUGUUCACUACCUGAAGCUGAAGGCCAAAAAUUCCCAGCCGGAAGAGUUUAUUCGAGGGUACAGAGCGGCCCAGAAACUCGUGGCAGAGGAGCCAAUGCCAAACAUCUUCUGUAAGAUAGCACAACAAAGAAGGGCAUGGUCAGGAUCCGAGAUAAGAGAGUUUCAACUGGAGGAGAUCCUGUUGGCCGGUGGCAUGUAUAUGGGCAAACUAGAUGCAGCCCAAUACUACCGAGCCAGCUACUUUGUGGCUAAGUACCUGGCAGCUAAGGGGCUAAUUGUGGCAGCCAAACGGUUUGCCAGAGAUGCCUUGCAUAUGGCCGGCAAAACUUCUUCAACGGAGGGCAUAGAGCGGGUGACACGGCUGCUGGCAGGCUUAGAAGAAGGGCAGAGUAAAGGGAGAGACGGACAUGUGGCGAGCCAGAAGGAUUUUCUUUAA